AAUUCCGUUUCAGCGCGUUUUCAUAAAAGUUGCGCAAAGCCAUUCAGUCAGAUUUAAAGAGUUUUUCAUAGAGAAAAAGUAACUUUGGUGAGCUAAAAGUGAUUGUAUGUUAAUUAUUAAAAGUUGUAGUUUGCAAAGGGUAAUUUAAAGUUGUGCAAGCGUUGAAUAAAUAAACCAAAUAUAUAUUUAGUUUUUAAGAUAAAAUUUUGCCUCAUUUUGUACUCAAUAUUUCAUCCAUAAAGCUAUCUUAUUAUUGACAUAUGCUCUGAAUUAAUACUUUCGUUUUGUUCAAUUUAGGCGGCUUCGUUCACUCGAAGUAAUUUCCUCGUGGAAACAUGAGUGAUAUCGACAAUGACUGGCUAUGCCUUAACUGUGACGAAUGGAACCUUGGGACGACACUGCAAUGUGUUGUUUGUGAAAGCAAAAUGACAGAUUCGUGUAAAAGGUUCAAUCCGAACACAGGAAAACUUGUUGAACUACCAAAAUCUAAUUCGCCCAAAAUGUCUUCCAUCCAGGAGUUUGAAGGCAUCCAGCGUGGAGACUGGAAAUGCCCGGUCUGCACGUCAAUUAUUUUAUUAAAAGACUCUGUUUGCAUGCACUGCGGGUAUACUAUUGACAAUAGGGUAAAGCAUUAUGGGCAACAGGGCGACUGGAGUUGCAUGUCAUGUCAUAAUUUCAACUUCCAUUCUGAGGAAAGUUGUACUAAAUGUGGUAAAAUCAAAGCUUAUGAUGAUCCAACCGUUCAAGCCAAUUAUGUUAUUGACGAGCAGUCAGUUGAUAACGACUUUGAACGUUUAAGACGCGACGAAAUGAUUGAUCGAGAAAAGGACAAAGUGAUAAUGAAAGAUAUGGAAGAGAUUGAUACAAAAAUAGCAAAUAUAAAAGACACUUCUUACGCAUCUGAUGAAAAUAUAGAGGAGCUAGAUAAUUGCAGUGAUAUUAUUGAAGAUUACAUAAAAAACGCUGACAAUAAUAACCAAGAAGAUAGAAGCAAGCUCCGCGAAACACAGAGUCAACAGUAUCAAUUCGGAUCUGUUGUUAAAACAGAAAAGAUAGAUUCAGAGGAAAACCCGAAAGAAAAAAAAAGUUCUACAUUUAAGUUUUCAUACGACGUUAAACAGCAAGAAAUAUGCGAAGUGCUAAUGGAAGGGAGCGACAGUGAUGAAGCUGAGGGCCAGAGAAUGACCUUUGAUUGUAAAUUAUGUACCUUAACCUUCACUUCUCUAAAUUCAUUUGAGUUCCACUGCAAGGGAAGUUUACACAUUUUGAAACUACGAGCAGUUACUGGAAAGUCAACAUAUCCUAGUCAAUUUUUGGAGUCAAAUUCUUAUUCCUCCAAAUAUGGACACAAAUGCAAAGUAUGCAGAAUUAACUUUGAAUCUCGGGAAGAAUACUUGCUGCAUCUAACUACCCCGACACAUCAUUCAGCUAUCGAGAACGUAGAUAAGGCCGUUGUAGCUAAUAAAUUGGCAGAAGUUAUGGAUUUCUUAGAGGAUAGAAAAGUGAUAGACGCUUGGAAAAGACGCCGCGCUCGAGAGAGAAGAAGACAAAAGAUGACUGAAAAACAAGAUCAGAGAAACAAAUUGAAAAGUACUGAAAAAAGUUGUUCCGGUGAUAAGGAACUUGCAAAAAAGAGAUCACAAUUAGGGGAAAGCCGCGAAACUGAUCAAAAGCAAAAUUAUAAGCGAAAGAAAUUUGAGGACAUCGACCGUUUUCAACCUAAGCAAAAUUUCACUGAAAAGGAAACAAAAACAGAUAAUGAUGGUAACACACUUCAAAGACAGAGCAUAAUUGAUAUUAGAGAUAUAAAUUUAACAAGGAGUCUGCGAGGAAAUUAUUUCAAGAAAGAUAAUGAACGAUCUAGCGAGCCGGCUCGACAUGAUUUUUAUAAACGAAAAGAAAGAGAUAAUAGAGACAACAGGAGAUUUGACAAUAAUAAUAACAACAGACAUUUUCAAGAAAAAUUAAAAUCUUCUCGAAACAUGAGAAAACAAUUUAAUUUUCAAUACCCAAUUGAAAAUCCUAACGCAUCAAUCGAACGAAAUAGGAAAUUUGUUUUUGGUAUGCACCCCCGAUAUAGACCUCACGUUGAUCUCGAUGCUCCUGAAGUUGCCAAUAUAAACCAAGAACCUAUUCCGGAGUUUGGAAUUAAAACUCAAGCGAACUAUCGUCAACAGCAAGGACUAUUUGGUCGACAGAGUGAUAACCCCUCCCGUAAUCAAGACCUCGCAUUUGGAAAGAGCCCGUCGACUGAUAGUCAAAGAGGUCAAACUACACUCUUUGGAAAAAAGUUUGCGGUUACUCCCGACUCGACUAAUAAUACAAGGAGUACGCACUUUCAACCAAGACAGCAGCAUCAACAGCCCCAAUAUAACUUUGGAAAUUUAGAUUAUGAUGACGUAAACACUCCCCAGCAGUCCAGAAAUGAGAGAAAUGACCCUUAUUCGUCAAAAAAUCCAGAUGUUCAGCAAAACAGAGAUCGUAGCGAUCCAUCCAAACCUAAAGAGUUUAAUCAUACACAUAAAAUGUCUGGUAGUUCUAACCGGCCGAGGCACGAACCAAAUGAUCGUUUCCGUUUUGAAAUUAAAAACGAAAGCGAAAACGAAGUCAAUAAUGGUAAUGAUAAUGACAACAACAAUGACAAUAACAAAAACAAUAACAAGGACAAUGGUAAUGGAAAUGAUGUUGAGAACUAUAGCGAGAAAAAUGAUGAAAACGAUAACGAGAAUGAUAACGAAAAUAACAACGAGAAAUGUAGCGAAAAUAUUAUUAAAACUGACCACGAUAGACAGGAUGAAGAGAACAACGAUAGAAACAACGAAGUGAAUAAUAAUGAAAACGAAUGUGAAUACGGACUUGAGCCUGUCGAAAGCCCACGUCAAGUAGGGAGAGACUGUUCUAUUCCUUGGAGUGAAGAUAAUCUUAGAACUCUCAAAGCACUUCAAGUGGGAAUUCGAAAUCUUCUGGAACUUGAGAGAAAGGGUGUCGAAAAUAAACUAUUGGCAUUCGAAUAUACCAGCAGAGAAAUGAACAUUGAAUCAACGUUAGUUGCCUCAGCCAUCUAUGAACUCAGAAGUGCAAACAAAAGGCUGUUUCUUGAAUUAGAAAGGAUUAACCUGCAGGAUGAUUCGAUGAAAAGUAAAGCUUGCUACAUUAUGAAAGAACUUGAAAAAAUCACUUUUUCGAAUUAG